UCCGAUUGGUCGGUGCGGGAGUCAUCCCGAAGGAUUCCCGGAGUGCUGCGCGACCUGUGUUGGGGACUAUGAAGAUGGCGGCGAUUGGGGUGCAUUUGGGGGGCACUAGUAGCUGUGUGGCGGUGUAUAAGGAUGGUCGGGCUGACGUUGUAGCAAACGAUUCAGGUGACCGUGUGACUCCAGCAAUUGUUGCUUACAGAGAAAAUGAGAAGGUUGUUGGCUUGGCUGCGAAGCAAGGCAGAAUCAGAAAUGCUACAAACACUGUUGUGAAAGUCAAACAGAUUCUUGGCAGAUGUUUUGACGAUCCUCAAGUUCAGAAGCAUCUGGCUGAAAGCAAGUGUUCGCUGAUCAAUAAGGAUGGCAAACCCAGAUAUGAAAUUGAUACCGGAGAGCAGCUCAAGGUCAUCGCUCCAGAGGAGGUUAUGCAGCUGAUUUUUGAAAAAAUGAAAGAAACUGCGCAAUCAGCACUAGGGUCGGACGUAAAUAAUGUUGUUAUAACUGUCCCACUGGACUUUGAGAAGAACCAGAAGAACGUACUGAGGGAAGCAGCCCAGGCAGCUGGUUUCAAUGUGCUGCGACUGAUUCACGAACCUGCAGCAGCACUUCUUGCGUUUGGAGUUGGGCAGGAUGCACCAUCGGGAAAGAGUAAUGUACUUGUUUACAAGCUUGGAGGUUCGUCCCUCUCUAUCACAGUAGUAGAAGUUAAUAGUGGCAUGUACCGAGUCCUUGCCUCUCAUGCUGAUGACAGCAUAGGAGGAGAAUGUUUCACAGAAACCUUGGCGCAGUAUCUAGCAUCAGAAUUUCAGAGGUUAUUUAAACAGAAUAUAAAGGAAAGUCCAAGAGCCAUGAUGAAGCUUAUAAAUAGUGCUGAAGUUGCUAAGCAUGCCUUGUCAACUUUGGGAAGUGCAAACUGUUUUGUAGAUUCACUUCAUGAAGGUUUGGACUUUGAAUGUGCUGUAUCCAGGGCACGAUUUGAAUCUCUGUGUGCUACACUGUUUAGCCAAAGUAUACAACCUAUCGAGAAGCUCGUAGAAGAAGCAGGGCUUUCUCAAAGUGAUAUUUCUAAGGUUGUGCUCUGUGGGGGCUCGGCCCGCAUUCCAAAACUGCAGCAGAUGAUUCAGGACUUGUUCCGAGACGCCGAUCUACUGAACUCCAUCCCUCCCGAUGAAGUGAUUGCAGUUGGUGCUGCAACUGAGGCAGCCUUGCUGUCGGGGAAGGAGAGCGUUGCAUUGGAGGAGGAGGCUCUCAUAGCGGAGUGCUCAGCCCGAGACAUCCUCGCUAAGGAGACUGACGUGACUGGCUCUGACACCUACACCGUCGUGUUUCCAUCGGGUACUCCACUCCCAGCGAGAAGACAGCAUGCAUUCCAGGCGCCAGGGACCACGCCAUCUGUGUGUCUCGAGCUUUACCAGUCUGGCGGAAAGGGAUGCGAAGCAAUGAGGGACAAAGUGGCACAGGUUGUCCUCAGAGAUUUACAACUGAAAGAAAGCAGCAACCAUGAAAUCUUAGCUAUUCUUACCAUGAAAAGGGAUGGAUCACUUCACGUAACGUGUACUGAGCAGCAAACGGGAAUCUCAGAGGCAAUCGCUAUCGAAGUUGCAUCAUAGCUGACUGACAAGAAAGGAACCGCUUUAAGCUAGUGAUCCAAAUUGUUGAGGGAUCCAUUUUGUACCCACCAGUCCUGGGUUUAUUUAUAAAAUGUACAGUUUUCUGUUUCUUUAAAAAAGAAUGUGGAUUGUGGUCUUGAACUUGAUCUUGAACUCAAAAUAUGCAGAUGCUGAAACCUGGAAAUAUUCAGCAGGUCAAGUUGUGUCAACAAAGAGAAAAUUAAAUGUUUCAGUUCAUUGGA